AUGGAUUCUUUAAAAUCUAAAACACUUACCAAUGCACUGCCACCAAAGGAGGUCAAUUCCUUCAAUCAACCAACUUACCUUAUCGUUCAUGCUACAGGAGAAACACCUAUGUCUAAACGCUCUCCUUUCUUAAUCCAGAAACUUUUUGAAUCUACCAUAGGACAUUUAAAAAAAAUUCAAAAAUUGAGGUCAGGAGAUUUACUUGUGGAAACAGCCUCCCCUCAACAGUCAGAAAAACUCUUGAAAAUGAAGUUUCUAGGAGACAUACAAGUCACCAUCACAUCACAUACAAGUUUGAACUUUUCACGUGGUGUGAUAUUUGAAAUUGACCUUAUGUCUGAGGAUGAAUCAGAUAUCCAGAUUGGUCUUUUAGAUCAAGGUGUUACUGCUGUUCGACGUAGCUCUAUUCGUCGAGAUGGCAUGUUAAUUCCUACUAAACACUUAAUUUUAACUUUUAACAAACCAACUUUGCCAUCUGCUAUCACAGCCAGUUAUCUGCGCUGCCCACUUCGUCCGUAUGUUCCAAAUCUGCUGCGUUGCUUCAAAUGCCAGCGAUUUGGACAUUCACAAACAUCCUGCCGUGGGAAAAGCACAUGCGCACAGUGUGGAACAGAAGGUCACGAGAGUACCGAGUGCACCCAAUAAUCCAUGCUGUGGAAUUGUAAAGAUGCCCAUCCUGCAUACUCAAGGAAAUGCCCUGCAUGGCAGAGAGAAAAGGAGAUUCAACGGGUAAAAAUUACAAACAAUAUACCAUACCCAGAAGCCCGUCGCAUGGUCACUCAAACUACAACAAUAAAACAAAAAACAUUUGCUCAUGUUUUGAAAUCCACAAAAAUAUGUGGAGUUCAAACAGAUAUUUCUGUGUCACCAAGUGAAUCUCUUACUCGCCAUGCAAGAUGUUUAUUGAUCCUACCUACACAAGCAGAAGAAACGUCAAACACAAAGACGAAAACCCCUGUAACUAAAACAGGGGUAACAACCAGAAAUGUGGGUUCUAAAAAGGCUAAUAAGAACCCACUGAACAAACAAAAAUUGCAAACAACUCUGCUUGUGUUAUUGUACAGACGUCAGCAAGCUUAAAGUAAGCUUUAUAAGAGAUAUUAUCUUUGGAAUCUUUGACCACAAAAGCAGAUCCCACCUUACUGUUAUUUUUGGAUUCAUCAGUAAAAAUCUUGAGUUGUGAUAUAGGAUCAUCAUUAUAGUCCGUUACCUUAAUAUCUUCUGUUAAGCUUGGAUGUAAUUCAUUAGUUAUCAUUUCCUCCUUCAAAUUUGAUUUCAAAGUAUUAAGAAGGUAUUCAUUAAGAUUAGGAAAUAACCCAAUUUGAAUAUAUUUAUAUAUUUCACUAUUCUGAUUGUCUAUAAUUCCUCUAUUUUUAAGGUGCCACUUCCACAUUUCUUCUUUUGCCCUUAUAUGUAGAGGCAGUACACCAGACAAGACUUGUAGGGCAGCUGUCGGGGCCGUUCUAUAUGCCCUGCAUAACCUUAGUAACAUUAAUCUUUGGGCUUUGUUUAACUUUUUCUUAGUACGGGUAUUGUCUACCAUCUCAGCCCAGAACGGAGCACCAUAGAGUAUAAUUGUUUCAAUACACGCUUUAUAUAUAAUUUUGAUUGAUUUCUCUUUAAGCCCCCAUUUUCUAUUACAGAUACAUUGUAAUGCAUUAGAUAUUUUGACUGCCUUAUUGGUAACAUUAGUAAUGUGAGUUGCCCACUUCAUGUUUUGAUCUAGGGUGAUUCCUAGAUAUUUCAAGUUAUUAGUAUUUUUAAUUUUGUUCAUAUUCAUUAGUAUCCUCAGUGGUUUUUUAAGUUGACUUCCUUUAGAAAGUACCAUGCACUCACAUUUGUUAAAAUUAAUUUGUAAAUAAUUAUUGGUAGACCAGUCAUAAAUCUUUUGUAAAAUUUUAUUUGCAUCUCUCUGUAAUGUCUCGUUGUUGUUAU